AUGGGAUUCAACACAAGAGCGGUGGCUUCUAUCGAAGGACAAUUCGCUAAAGCAACUGGCAAGCUUGUUACGCUAAGCGAACAAAAAUAUCUCGACUGUGUGUCACACAAUUGCUCGAAAGGUGGGUGGCAAGGAGAUGUUUUCAACUAUGCAAGAACAGAUGGUGGCCUUCCCAAAGACACGAUAUAUCCAUAUGUUGGAAAGGAGCAGGAGUGUCACAAUAAUAAAAGUCAAAAUAUCGCCGCUGAUUCUGGAUACAUGACUGUUUCAAGAGACGAACAAACAAUAAAAUCGGCUUUAUUUGAAAUCGGUCCACUUGCUGUAAGUCUUUUUGCGUCCAACCAUUUCCGCUACAAUUACACAAAAGAUUCUGGUGUGUAUCGAGAUGAUCCGUGCUCAGAUCAAAAGGUCAAUCAUGGAGUCUUAUUAGUAGGAUAUGGUGUGGAUGAAAAAGAAGGCCCGUUUUGGCUCAUCAAGAACUCAUGGGGAGUCGAAUGGGGAGAGCGAGGAUACGUGAGACUUGAGAGAUCGUCACGUAAUGUCGCUUGUCUGAUGAGUCAACAACCAAUUUACCCAAUAGUUGCUGCCCCGGCCAAU